AAUAAUAUUAUAGUAUACCGAAUUGCAAUUAAGUAAUUCGAUUAAUAUCUAUCUAAUUAGAAUGAUAAUGAAUGGAAACAAAAUUACGUUCAAAUUUACCUUUAAAGUUAUAACAAACGAAUGAAUAAUUUCUUAUCUGACAGUGUUUAAAGUGUUAUAAUUGAUUAUUGUUCUAUAAAUAGACAAAGGUUUUAUAUAUACUUAAUUAAACGAUUCAGACGGAUAGGAAUAAACCGGGAGUUGUUAGACUAAGUAAUAGUUUGCCGACUAACACAUAUGCGUAAAAAGUUAACAUGUGGAUUGUAUUAACCAUUAAUUACAAAACGUGUAUGCCAGUAUAACGGUGUAUCAAUCGGACUACACAGUUGCGAUGAAUAUGUUAACGGGUGUAAGCGAUCUGCGGAGGAUGUCUUGCAAGUUGACAAACUGCCUGAAUUUAAAUGGAGCCUCAAAUGAAUUCAUUCGAUACAGAAUAUCUAGUUUCAAGUCCAUGGAAUCAAUGCAUACCAUAGCAAACAUAGGAAAGGGAUGUUUGGAUGGCUUCUUUAUAGGCAGCCAGAUUGAAGGCGGGACUUUGCUUGGUUUAGAUUCUGAUGCUGAUAUGAUGUUUAUUGACAGAGAAAUAACCAUAAUAACAGAUGUGGAUGACUAUAAGCGAAACGCACGGAUUUCAAAUAAAGAGAUAUUAUACUGUAGAACUGGUUUGCCUGAGGAUAGAAAUGCUAUUCUACCUAGAAAACAUAUAUCAAACCCACCAAUAGGUCUAAUUGAUGACCGCGACGUUAGCCCUGGUUAUGCAAAAGUCAUUGCUAUUGAUAAAGACACAUGCAUUCCAUUGUCAAAAGGUGUAAGUUGUUCGCUGUCACAUCUUUUUGAAGUAGACGAAAACGAAAACUGUUUGUUUUCCCAUCAAAAAUGGAAGGCAAGAAUAGCGUUAGUGACGCCAUCGAGGUACAAGCAUGGUCCAGCGCUGACCGAGGAUUCAACCAAAGAUUACAGGUCUUCUGACUUUGUCUAUGGACUUAAAUCGGCGUACUGGCCAAAGUCUGCAGAAGAAUGGUUGACAAGAGAGCGUUUAUUUCAAUGGCCGUUUCAAAAAACAAUUGAGCUUGCAAAACAAGGAUGCUUUCUUGUUCCAGUAGGUCCUUUGCCAGAAGCUAAAAACACCGAAUGGAGAUUGUCUUUCACAUUACUAGAAAGGGAGCUGAUAUGGACAUGGACAAAUACCCAGUACAAGUGCUUCAUGCUUAUGAAAGUAAUCAAGAGAGACGUAAUCGAACCAGAAAUUCCAGACGUAAUUUCGUCUUACCAUUUGAAGACUGUUAUAUUUUGGAUGUCAGAGGAGAGGCCUUUUGAAUUUUGGAAUAGGGAAAACUUUCCGACUUGCAUUGCACAAUGUCUAGAAAAGUUAAUUGAGUUUGUGGAAACUGGAAAUUGUCCUAAUUAUUUCAUCCGGGGAAACAAUAUGUUUAAAGGCAAAUUUUCGUCCGAAAUACAGAACCAGCUGAACGCAGUUCUGCUUGACUUUUCAGAGCAGUUUUGGACAAAAGUUUUUGAGUUACCAACCUUCCAUAUCGCAGUUUCCGCAGUAGAAGAUGCAGAUACUGAAUGUUUCAACGACCUACGUACAGCUUGUCUUAGAAACGACACUUCGAUGAAGGAAACUUUAAAUUUACACUUUAGUAUGCUAAUCAGUUUUGCAACUUCAGCCAUGAAGCCAAUGUUCCAGUUGAUCUCAGAUCGUAAUGUUGACAUGACAAUUAGUAAACACGAAGAAUAUCUAAGACUGCUGUCUGAAGUGUCAAUGAAUAACGAAGAACAAGUCAAUUUUGUCAAUGCAUUGUCGAAUUUGGUCAAUAUCAGUUUGGGAGCACAAUGGUAUUCAAAGUCAUGUAAUGUUCAGAGCCUUGCAGAGAAAAAUGAAAUGCUUCAAAGGUCAGAAUAUCUCAUAAAAAAUGGAAGCUGCCUUGAUACAUCGUCUGGAAAACUGAAGUUAGCUACACUACAUUUUGCUAGAGGUGACACAGAGCAGUGUCUGCAUCUAGUUCAAGUCGUUUUGUCAAGAGAACAUGCCAUUCAGCUUUCCGGUUUUGAGCCAACAAAUCCAGAGGGUAUAUCAAUGGAAUAUGUCCUGCGAAUCUUGCACAAGCUACCAGAUUUUUGUUCAGAAAUAAGAGAACACUGUGCACUUGAAGUGGUGUUUCUGCCCUCCGAGAUAGAUUUAGCUCCAGCUCCAAUAAAGUUUGAAAUCAGCAGGGCUAUACAUGCAGAACGAGACUGUGAUCUAGACAAUCCCUUAAGAUGGGUCGCUAUUGACGCGAACUUUUAUGCCGUUUUGUUGAAAUUUUUGGUGGCACACAAACAUGGAAUGAUGCAUUUGAGAGACACAACUCUGUCUCAAAUCAAAGCAUAUGUAGCGAAGAAAGGUGUACCGUUCGUGCGUAGCAUCACCGCUUUGAAUAUAGCUGGGUUUUGCCUUCAGCUUGUAGGAGAUAUAGACUGGGCUGUUGAUGUUUUCCUUGGAUCACUUAUAAUGCAGCGGACGCAUAAUUCAGCAUACUGGCAUCUUGCAGUACUUAUAUGGAACGAAUGGGAAAAGACACAGUGAAAUUAAUGACAAAAUAGAGACAGGAUGGAACGCAAUGAAUGCAUGAUUUCGUCAAUACAUAUAGAAAUUGAACAGUGUAGUGAUUUUUGGUUACUGUGCCAAAAUGUUGUCAAUUUCAUGCAAUGAGAAAUCAUCUAUGCAGUUCUAGGACAAGGGGUAGCUGGAGAAUCAAUUUUGAUUUGGAACUUUCAGGCUUGUUAUCUUGUCAGCAUGAUGUCCCAUUAAGAAUUAGAUAAUGGCAUUAAUGGCACUGACCAUAUGAAUCUGUUCUAAUUAAUAUGUAGUUUGAGAAUUUUAGAACAUGUUUAAGGUUUAAUGAUUGUAAAGCUUUAGUCAAUGUUAAAUUUUGUGUCUCACAAGAAGAAUGAAUGUGAUAACUCAAUAGUUGUUUUAUUUUGAGAUGUGUUUUAUUAAAAAUCUUUAUUGAAACUGUUUUACAUAAUGAAAUUAAGAAUAAAGAAUGUAAUCAUUUUAUAUUGUGAUAAAAUAUAAUUUACAUUGUAAAUGGCAAUAUUUUAUAAUACUUUAAUAUGAAUGCAGCUUUGAAUCUCAAGACCUAAAACUUGAAAUUUAUAACUCAGGGGCGUAGUUAGGCUAAAAUGGAAUUGUUGGCCACAGUCCAAGGAGGGUAUGGCAUGCUUCCACAGAAAAUUUUCACAUUGUUGAUGCAAAAUAGUGCUUUUUGGAUUAUACCUGGAGUUUAAUGUUUUUCAUUUUUCAAAAUAAAGUGUAGACCCGGGGAAGCUAUUGUACAAUUUAGAAAGUAGACCAGUGUCAAAGGCGUAGCUGGACCAUAAUGGAAGUAUAAGUCACUGUUCUAAGGGGGAUGGGGAUGUUUCCCCUGAAAAAAAAGAACAUUCUAGAUAAAACAUGAUGCGUUUUGGUAAAAUUCAUAAUUCAGGGGCGUUGCUAGGCUAAAAUGGAAGUGUAUGCCACUGUCCUGGGGGUUCUGGGGCUUGUUCUCGCGUAAAAAUUGCACAAAUUAGAUGCAAAAUGGUGUAUAUUAGCAAAGUUCACAAUUCUUGGGUUUAGCUAGGCCAAAAUGGAAGUGUGGGCCAAUGUCCUAGGGGGUUCGGGAAAAUUGCACAUUAUAGAUGCAAAAUUGUGCGUUUUUGGUGUAUAGCUGGGCCUUUAAAGUUUUUUCAUAAAGUGUUUGUCCAGGGCAACUACUAUAACUUAUAGAAAGUACACCAGUGUCAAGUGCGUAGCAGGGCUAAAAUGGAAGUGUAAGCCACUGUUCUAGGGUGUUUGGUGGGGAGGGUGAGUGAGCAGUCAUGCUCCCCCUAGAAGAUUUUUACAUUUAAAUGCAAAAUAUGGUGCUUUCUGGUGAAAUUCAUAAUUCAGGGGCGUAGCUAAGCCAAAAUGGAAGUAUAAGCCGCUGUCCUAUGAGGGUUUGGGAGCAUGCCCCCUGUAGAAUUCUUACAUUAUAGAUACAAAAUUAUGCAUCUUUUGUUGUAUAUCAGGACGUUAAAUUUUUUCCUAAUGAAGUGUAGACCCCGGGGCAACUAAUGUACCUCAAACAAAGUACACCCCUGUCAGUGUCGCUGGGCCAAAAUGGAAGUGUAAGCAAUAAUGUUCUAGGGGUUAGGGGGCAUGCUCCCCUGGAAAAAAAAUCACAUUCUUAUGUAAUAUCUAAAUGCAAAAUGGUGCGUUUUGGCGCAUUUUGUAACCUUUCUGUUGUUUAAAUCGUCAAUGAUGCAGACUAAAACACUGGAAAGGGAAUGCAUGGGCAGUGUAUAAUAGUGUUAUAUUUUUUAUAUUUAGUACACAUAUAUAUUUCACCUUUCUUUCUAUAAAACUGCUUGUACAUUUAGUGAAGAAAUAUCAUAAGUACUUUAAUAUUCAGUUAUAUAUUUUAACAUCAUGUAUAAUGAAUAAAUAUUUAAAGGUC